AUGACUCCAUCGGCUACUUUAGAGAAUGCAGACUUUGUGCCAGUGACCAAAUGGCCAACCCUCCAGGAAAUGGCUAAUGGCUUCCGGGAGCACCUCAUGCCAGCAUCCAACAAGCUGCAGGGCAAAUACUUCGAACAUACCUAUGACAAUGGCUGGAAGAUUUCCCACGACUUUGGUCCGGAUUCUGUGGCAUGGAAGAUCCUCGAGGGAGAGGGAGCAGGUCUUACUGCGCCAGCCAAGUACGAGGCUUUUGAAGUGCGACCAGAUAUCUUCUUCGUCGACUUCCUUAAGCCUGACUACAAUGAAGUCGUCAGCUUGAUUGUUGAUACAGUGACCGGACAAGCUAUUGCCGGUGUAUCAGGCUUCAAGGAUGAGAACGGCCAGCGACGAACAGUCACCUCUUUCAUCAACGCAGUCGCAUUCGGAAACAAGCGUGUUGAGCCAUUCCCAGUCACUGAUGAGCUCAUUGGAAAGCACGUUCUUUACCGAUACACUCCUCGGGAUGCUUAUGAGCACGUUUAUCUGAACAAGGGUACUAUGGCCUGGCAUUGUCUCAGCGGAACGGAGAGGGGCAUCGCAGAUGCUGAGAAGUGUCAGAUGCUCAAACUGCGAGACAAUUUGUAUAUGCUGUUCUGGACUGAGACAGUCAUGCCUGUUGAGUCGAUUGUUGUUAUUGAUUUGGAGAAUAUGAGGUCGACAGGACGUUUCUACUGCUGGGAUCCAAAGCCAAAGGAGACGGUGCAUGUGCGGUUUGGGUCUUAUGCGACGGUUCUGGCGCAGACAUCGCCGUUGGAGACAUUGAGGAAGGUUUCGCAGAAUAAGCUCUAA